CCCACGAGGAAGGCGUCCAUAGUUUCCCUUAUUUUGACUUUGAAGAAGCGAACGAGGGAAAGCCCAAAAACCAGUGUGCGGCUACCAGACUCGAAGUAGACCGAUUGGAAGAAGCGCCAAUGGAUCUGAUGAUAAAGGCUUCUAUGGUUGGCGUCGUCGGCUACGCCGUAAGCCUGCUUCUCCUCCUCAUUCGUCUUCUUCUUCGUCAGAAAAAUGUCAUUCCUUGCGCUCACUCUGUUUCUUAUUUCCCACGCCCUUCUCUCCGUCGCCUCCGUAGAGACCGACCAUUUGAGAUUGAAGACCGAUGGCGACGAGUCAUAUUUUUCUCGGGUUCCUCGAGUCACGCAGCUCUCUUGGCGCCCCAGGGCUUUCUUGUACCAGGGUUUUCUUUCACAUGAGGAAUGUGAUCACCUCAUCAAAUUGGCAAAGGGCAAGCUUGAGAAAUCCAUGGUAGCGGAUAGUAAUUCCGGUGAUAGUGUUGAAAGCACCGUCCGCACGAGCUCUGGGCACUUCCUCGCCAAGGGGCAGGAUGAUAUUGUUACCAGAAUAGAGGAUAGAAUUGCUGCGUGGACUCUUCUUCCCAAAGAAAAUGGUGAAUCUAUUCAUAUACUACACUAUGAGGUUGGUCAGAAAUAUGAGCCGCAUUUUGAUUAUUUCCAUGACCCCAAAAAUGUAGCUCUUGGUGGCCAUCGGAUGGCCACAGUUCUCAUGUACUUGGCUGAUGUUGAAAUGGGAGGGGAAACAGUCUUCCCCAAUUCAGAGGUAAGCCGUUGCUCUCAACUUGAUCAUUGUUGCCAUGAUUCUCCAUUAUUAAUAUCCGCGUGUUUUCAGGGUGUUGUUCAAGAGAAGGAUGAUUCCUGGUCCGACUGUGCAAAAAGUGGUUUGGCAGUGAAACCAAGGAAAGGUGAUGCCAUACUGUUUUUCAGCCUUCACCCAGAUGCAACUACAGACCAGGCUAGCCUGCAUGGGAGCUGCCCGGUGACAAAGGGAGAGAAAUGGUCUGCAACGUGCUGGAUUCAUGUCAGGCGCUUCGGUUCGGCACCUCCCGAAAUUGGAGGCUGUGUAGAUGAUAAUCAACACUGUUCACUAUGGGCUUCAGGAGGAGAAUGUGAAAAGAAUCCUGCUUACAUGCAUCAUUCUUGCAAAAAGAGUUGUAACAAAUGUAAGGCUUAGGUUGUGAGUUGUGACUAAUUUCCUUCCUCUUUUUUUCUUCUCAUUGAAGUUAUAUUUCCAAUUCCUAAUCGUGGGAUAGAGUUGGUUUCCAGUUAUUGCCAAUGCGUAAGGUAACUAUGAUAUUAAAACUGAUCGUGUGUUACGCUAUUGAAAUUAUAGAAGAAAUGGGAACUUUUCAAUUUUUCUUA